AUGGCGGACUACGAUGACGUUAAUUUUGAAGAUGACGAACCAGUCCCAAUUUCCGAAGAAAUUAUCCAAGAAGAUGGUCAAGCUCAAUCAAGCAGGGAUGCAGAAAUGGUGCAGCUAAUGGAAGAAGAAUGCCGAGAGUCCAGUGUUCCCAAAUUAGAGCCCCAGGGUGAUCAGACCAGUCUAAUUUGUGAGGAGAGCAUGAACAUCGAUAAGGACUUAUUUUCCGAAGAAAUUCCUGGUCUUCUUGCCUUCGAAAGAGGAAGAGUGGUGAGGUUUUAUACGUGUUAAGCCUUACGUGUUCGCUUGUCUUAUUAUUUUUCAUAUUAUUAUAGUUUCAGAGUAAUUUGGCAGCAAAGAGAGGCCAUAAUCGAUUUCGGACAGAAUUGGAACCAGAAGACGUUAAACUUGUUAAUGGUAAUCAUAAAUUUUUAUAUUAUUCUCUCGUUUAGAGAUGGGUCAGCUGUCGGCAGAUCAGUUAAUGGACUAUAUGAGGAAGAUAAAAGACCAGGCUUGUUGUCUUGGACAUGCUCAAGGUAUGGUGGAUGACAUCAUUUGUGUGAUUAAUUAUUUUAUUUUAGCGGAACAAUGCAAGCGAGCCAAAUUCCUAAAGAUCUUCCAAAGUUGA